UUCAGAGAGGGGGGAUUUGACGAGGGGGUCCAAGCGUCCAACUGAGCCCAGAAAAAGGACUUUUUUGCUUCCUGGCUGGCCAUAGGGGUUACCAUGGCUGGCAGCCGCAGCGAUUGUGGACUUCUGAUUGCAGUGCUCAUCCUUCAGAUUGCAUUCUUCAGCUCAGCUCAAAGAGGCCCAGCUGGUCCCCGAGGUCCACAAGGUGCCAGAGGUCCUGCAGGCGUUCCUGGAAUUGAUGGCAUAGACGGAGAAAGAGGCCCUGAUGGCCCUAUUGGCCCUCCUGGCCCAGAUGGGGAUGCCGGAAAACCAGGUUCACCAGGAAUACCAGGAAUACCUGGGGCAGAUGGAUUAACUGGCCCUGUUGGAGAUGUCGGUCUGGAUGGCCCAGUGGGGCAGAAAGGUGAACCAGGGGCACCUGGACCGCGUGGGACAGCGAGUUCAGGCCCAGAUGGACCCCCUGGGCCACCAGGACCUGGGGGACUGCCAGGAGAACUGGGACGCAUUGGACCCGUUGGUGAAGCUGGCAUCAGAGGACCCCCUGGCCUCCCUGGACCCCCUGGACCUAGAGGGGCUGCAGGAUUUCGGGAAGGUGGUGGAGAGCUUUGUCCAAAUGCCUGCCCCCCUGGAGCUCCAGGCCAUCCGGGCCUCCCGGGUAUGAAGGGUCAUAAAGGAGUAAAAGGAGAAGCUGGGGAGCCUGGAAAACAAGGUCACAAGGGUGAAGAAGGUGAACAGGGGGCACUAGGGGAUGUUGGCGCACAAGGCCCUACAGGUCCUCAAGGCAUCAGAGGAAUUACAGGAAUAUUGGGACUGAAAGGUGAAAGGGGAGCUCGUGGACAUGAUGGAGAACCAGGCCCACAAGGCGUUCAAGGUGCCACGGGUGAUCAGGGGCAACGAGGUUCAAUGGGUGAAGCUGGGCCGAAAGGAGACCAAGGUUCUCAAGGUCCAAGGGGAAUUAGUGGACUUCCUGGCUCCAAAGGAGAGCCGGGAUUACCAGGUGUAGACGGGCGUGAUGGGAUACCAGGAAUGCCAGGGGCAAAGGGUGAUGGAGGAAAGCCUGGUGCACCGGGUGAAGUCGGACUUCAGGGUCUUCCUGGCUUGCCUGGUGCUUAUGGACCCAAAGGUGGCAGCGGAGAUAAGGGUGAUUCUGGUAGUCCUGGUUUACCUGGAACAAUGGGAUCUUCUGGAAGAACUGGUGAACGAGGAGUACAAGGUGAAGUGGGACCAGCAGGACCACGUGGAGGACCAGGAGACAGAGGUGAACAUGGUCCAGCUGGUCCACCAGGUAUACCAGGGCCCCGGGGAGCAAAAGGUGAUCCCGGUCUACCAGGACUUCCUGGACCCCCAGGUCUGCCUGGAGUUAAAGGAGACAGGGGUGCUGUUGGUUUGACUGGCCCCAAAGGAGAACAGGGUGAUCCUGGUGCGGAGGGUAAUGCUGGAGACAAGGGAGAUGGUGGAGAUCCAGGAGAAGCCGGACCUAAGGGAUCAACAGGCAAUCCCGGUGAGCCAGGAAAUCGAGGUCCAGAGGGAAGUCGAGGUCAACCAGGAAUUGAAGGGCCACCAGGGAGCCCGGGACCAAGAGGGAUGCAGGGAGACCGUGGUGUGCCUGGUAUGCCAGGAGGCCAGGGACCUCCAGGCAAAGAGCCUGGUGAUCAGCAUAUAAGACAAGUCUGCAUGCGGGUGAUGCAAGAACAGUUGGCUCAACUCGCAGCCAGUCUGAGGAGACCCGAAUCAGGAGCUGCAGGCCUCCCUGGACGUCCUGGUUCUCCUGGACCCCCUGGCCCACCGGGAGACAGUGGCUUCCCAGGACAGGCUGGACCUCGAGGAUUGCCAGGACUGAAAGGACCACCUGGAGAUAUCGGGUUGAAGGGUCCUAAAGGUGAAUUGGGUGAUAAAGGAGACAGAGGCAUUACAGUUCGAGGACCCAAAGGCUUGCCAGGACCAGUGGGUCUUCCAGGUGAAGCUGGAAGGCCUGGCUACGGCAGGGAUGGACGUGAUGGUGAAAGAGGUCCUCCAGGAGUUUCUGGACAGCCUGGUAUUCCUGGACCACCCGGAAACGCCGGACCUCCUGGCUACUGUGACCCAUCUGCAUGUAGCUUGCAAGCAGGGGCUGCAGCUCAGUCUCUGAAGGACUCAAACGUUAAAGGACCUUGAGCAGAUCUCAGCGUCAGCCAUACCUGCAAAAAAUAAAAACCAAAAAGCUGUGGGUUGAAGAGAAGUGAAAAUCAGAUGGAGCAAAGGAAAAUCCAAAACAAAACAAGACUUUUAAAAAGACAAAGCGACCAGCUUUUAUACACUGUAAGAAAAAGACAGAAACUUUUUAUAUAUAUAUAUGAUGGGGCUCAAUAAAGUAUUUUUACCUGCAACAAACACAGCUAAUAUUAUGUGUUUCAGUAUUUUUUAUCUAAAAGAAUGCCCUGAUGCCAAUUGUCCUUGGGAAACCAUGAUGGCAACAUUUAGAACCAAAGAAUGUGUGUCUUACCUCACUUGUAGCUUACCACGCCGUACUGUAAAAACAAAUCUUUUUGCAACAAAAUUAAUUUUCUAUGGACAAGAUGCUUUACAUUUAAUCACAGGUACAGUAUGUAAGCACACUGUAGGACACUAAAUAAAGCAUUUAGAUUUGUACAGAAAUAUCUGCUGUUCCUGACCAUGUACCUGAGUGUAUGUAACAUGUAAAUCUCUGUAAAUGUGCAAUUUUUUCCAGUUAUUUUACGUUAUUUCCUAACAUGCACAGUAGCUGUUAUUUCCUUUUAUAUUGCCAUCCAUCAUUUUCUCUGUGACUGCGAGUGUGUAACAAGCCUCAGCUUCACACCUGUCAGCAUCAGCUGGAGGCAAAAGGCCACUUUAACAAUGUCCACAAAGAAUUUUUUUCUUAAAUGCUGUUAUUUAUUAUGAAGGUCUUAAAUUCUAAAGUGACAUCUAAGGUUGUAAGAGAGCUGUUAAAAAUAAAUAUGGAUUUUAUUAAA